AAAUCAUUCGCUGUGAGCAAAAUGAGUGUGAACAUCCCAGGUGUUGCCCUGAUAGUGGUCUUUUACCUGCUGGUGCUGGGCACUGGCAUCUGGGCUUCUAGGAAGACCAAGAAGAUGCGUAAGAACUGGCAAGCAAAUCAGAUGGACAUCACACUGCUGGGAAAUAGAGGGAUACAUCUCAUAGUGGGAGUCUUCACCAUGACAGCUACUUUCACCGGUGGAGGAUUCAUCGUUGGACUGAGUGAAAUAGUUUACACUCCAGAUUUAGGACUGGCCUGGGCAGUUAUGCCAAUUACAAUCACCUUGUCUUUUCUAAUAGGGGGAGUUUUCCUCGCCAAGCCAAUGAGAGACAAAAAAUACUUGACAAUGAUGGAUCCAUUUUGUGACAAAUAUGGAAGAGUGAUCAGUGGAGUUUUUUCUGUUGCACUGAUAAUGAAUGAUAUUGUCUGGGUCCCAUCAACUCUUAUGGGCUUGGGUGCAUCAAUGAGCGUGAUUCUAGACUUGUCAUACGCGCAUUGCAUUUGGAUUUCAGCUACAAUUUCCAUCAUCUACACACUGCUGGGGGGACUCUUUUCUGUAGCCUACACAGACAUUGUUCAGCUGACGCUCAUGUUCUUUGGUCUGUGGCUAUGCAUCCCUUUCCUGCUGAUGAACACUUAUUCAGUGGACAUCACCACGACUGCUUUAAACUUUACCUACCAAGCCCCUUGGGUCACCUCUGUUGAAUCAGACAGAAUGUGGCAGUGGAUUGAUCAGAUGUUUUUGUUGAUUUUUGGGAACUUGGCCUGUCAAGACUACUACCAGAGGAUCCUGUCAGCAUCUUCUUCAGCUACAGCGAGGAUGAUAAGCUUCAUAGCGGCGCCGGUCAUCCUCAUUUUUUCAAUUCCACCAAUCUUAAUUGGUGCUAUUGCAGCAUCCACGGACUGGAACAAGACAGGAUAUGGAUCACCAUCUCCAGUUGAGCGUGGCGAGGCCAGUCUUAUAAUGCCAAUUACUUUGCAGCAGCUCACCCCAAAUUACAUAUCCAUUAUCGGAAUUUCUGCAACAGCUGCUGCUGUGAUGUCAACAAUUGACUCUCUUCUACUGUCAGCGGUCUCUCUCUUCGUGUCAAGCAUUUAUAAAAGUAUCUUGAGGACUAAGGCAUCCGAUAGAGAAGUACAGUGGGUGAUCAAGGGUGCUGUGUUGUUUACAGGCCUUGUAGGCUCAUCACUCGCCUUCCUCGAGGUCAGCAUUUUGUCAUACUGGCUCCUCGGCUCUACCGUUACCUACGUCCUUAUGUUCCCUCAACUCAUUUGUAUCCUCUUCUUUGAAAACUCAAAUGCCUACGGCGCCAUAUCUGGCCUCUUUAUUGGAGGGAUGUUGCGACUGCUGAGCGGAGAGCCAUCGCUGGGGUUACCUGUCACCCUUCCCUUUCCAGGAUGCACACUUGAAAAUGGAGUGUAUGUGCAGCACGCACCUGUUAGUACAAUAUGCAUGCUGUGCAAUUUAAUCUCUACCUUGGUGGUCUCCUACUUGGCUUCACUACUGUUCAAUAAAGGACUGAUUCCAGAAAGAUUUGACAUAUGUAAAGUGAAAACCCACCAGUCACCUCAAAAUCUCACGUUAACGAGCAGUAAUACUGUUGAAAGCGACAAUGACCUGAGACCCAGAGUUCAAAAUGAAAAUGAACUCCCUGUGGAUGAAUCUUGUAAAAUGAAUGUAUAG